AUGCCUCUUCAAGGGACAGCAUUGUUUGUACACAUGAUGAACCGAGCUCACGCCUCUUGGCUCGCGAAAACAUCCCACGAACCGACAGCCCUUACGAUUCCUCGGACUCGUGUGCGGAUAUUGACAGCAAACCUACCACACGCCCGCCAUAAUGGCUCGGACAAAAUCCAAUUUCCAUCACCACAAGGUCAUUCUAUGUUACGGGAGUUAUAA